UCCUGAUUAUCCUAGUAAGAAAGUUGCCCGCCCCACCAGGGCCGAUCUGCAGCAGCGGGUUCGUACUCGUACUCGGCACCGUUUUGAGCAUCGCUUACCGCCAUCCAUGCUCGUUUGAUGCCGCGACCACCAUGCAAGCGCGUUGUAACAACCCCGAUGCCAUUGGCGCAUCCAAUUUGCUGCCUUGUUUGGGAUGCGAUGUCCUGACCUAGGGAGUAUGCAUUUACCACAUCAUCAGCAGCAGCAGCAGCAGCAGCAGUAGUAUGGCAGAUGGUACGCUCCAGGCUGAAACAAUUCCUGUGUGGUAGCCAGCACAGAUAAAUACCCUUCCCCCUGCCUCUUGCUAUGUGAUCUCCUCCUGCAUUCCACCAACACUGCAACAACACCAUUAACGCACCAUGAAGCUCACCCUCCCCACCACCCUCCUGCUCGGUCUAGCCAGCGCGCACCCGCAUCACGGGCCCGCGGACAUCUCCCACUGGCAACCAGCCGGAGCAGACGACUACCGCGGCCCCUGCCCGAUGAUGAACACCCUCGCCAACCACCACUUCCUCCCGCACAACGGCCGCAACAUCACGCGGCCGCGGCUGAUCGAAGCCCUAGGCUCUGCACUGAACUUCACCUCCGCGCUCGCCACGCUGAUGUUCGAGAUGGCCAUCGUCGUGAACCCGGAGCCCAACGCCACGUCCUUCACCUUGGACCAACUCAACCAGCACAACAUCCUCGAACACGACGCAAGUCUCAGUCGAAGCGACGCCUACUUCGGCAACAACCACAUCUUCAACGCGACCAUCUUCGCCCAAACCCGCCGCUACUGGACAUCCCCCGUGCUCGACGCGGGCAUGCUGGCCAACGGCAAGCUGGCGCGGCAGGUCGAGUCCAAGGCGUUCAAUCCGACGUACACGUUCACGGCGCGGACCGAGGAGUUCAGUCUCGGCGAGGUGGCGGCGCCGAUCAUCGCGUUCGGGGAUCUGGGGUCUGGCGAGGUGAAUCGCACGCUCGUGGAGUAUUUCUUUGAGCAUGAACGGUUGCCGGUGGCGUUGGGGUGGAAGACCCGAGGCGAGGCGGUGGGGGUGGAGGAGGUGAAUGCGGUGGCGGAGAUGAUUCGGAAUGCGACGGGGUUGAUUACCCCCUCUGGGUCGGUGGCCGUGUCAGCGGGGAGGAAGAGGGAUUUGCAUUCUGGGUGGCGGGGUUAG